GGCAACGCGGGUAGGGCGGAUUGCCCGGAUGUGGCUCGAUCGCAAGAUGGCGGCGGCCGAGUGAGCUGCGUGGGGGGGGCAGCGGCAGCGUCGGGCCCGUGUGACUUCCCCCGGGGACCCCGCGAUGCUGCGCUGAGCUGGGCAGAGCCUCCCCUUCUCCACAGCUCCUCGCCAUGUUCUCCAAGAAGAAGAAGCGUUUGGAGAUCUCGGCCCCCUCCAACUUCGAGCACCGCGUGCACACGGGCUACGACCAGCACGAGCAGAGGUUCACGGGGCUGCCGCGGCAAUGGCAGGGCCUCAUCGAGGAGUCGGCCAAGCGGCCCAAGCCCCUGGUAGACCCCGGCUGCAUCACCACCAUCCAGCACGCUUCCCAGAAGACCAUCGUCCGGGGCAGCAAAGCCUCCAAGGAGGGCUCCUUGACCUGGCUCCUGGAUGAGUUUGAGAACAUGUCCGUGUCCCGUUCCAAUUCCCUGCGCAGGGACAGCCCCCCCUUCCCGCCCCGCCGCCACCAGCUCCACCAUGAGAACGGCCUCUCCCAGGACGAUGCCGGGAGGAGCAGGAAGAGCCGCCCCGGGGCCGGGACUGAGCUAGAGCAGGGCAAGGAGAGACCUCGGGACAAGGAGGAGCACCAUGGCCAGCCCCAGGCUCCCGGCGGCCGCCCGCCCCCCGACUGUCCCAAAGCCCCCCUGCAGAGGGACCCCAAGCAGGAGCGGGUGCUGCGGAGGGAGCGCCCCGAAGCCGCUGAGAAGCGCCCCAAGUCCACCUUGGGUGCUGGUGGGAGCAGCCCCCCGUCCCCUCGGGACAAGCGCCCGCUCUCUGGGCCCAGUAUCCGCACCCCCAACAUCCCCAUCUCGGAAGGGGUGAUGAAAACAGCUCAACAGACCGGGCGGGCCUUCAACACCUACCCCCGGGCUGAGACCGACCCCGGCCCCCAGGCAGAGCAGCGACCGGGCCGCCCGCAGGAGCCGGCCUCCAACGGCCCCACCAGCGCCUCCCGAGCCCCAGCCCGCGCCACCCAGGGGGCACCCCCCCAUCCCCACCUCACCCCCCAUGCCUCUGACCCCCAGCUGGCCCGGCAGCCCCCCCCCGGCCCGGCACCGGCUCCAGCACCAGCGGCGGCGGGGGGGGCACCGCAGCGGGAGCCCCAGCGCGUGUCCCACGAGCAGUUCCGCGCGGCGCUGCAGAUGGUGGUGGACCCGGGCGACCCUCGCGCCUACCUGGACAACUUCAUCAAGAUCGGGGAGGGCUCCACCGGCGUGGUCUGCAUCGCCACCGUGCGCGGCUCCGGCAAGCUCGUGGCCGUCAAGAAGAUGGACCUGCGCAAGCAGCAGCGCCGCGAGUUGCUCUUCAAUGAGGUGGUGAUCAUGAGGGACUACCAGCACGAGAAUGUGGUGGAGAUGUACAACAGCUACCUGGUGGGCGACGAGCUCUGGGUGGUCAUGGAGUUCCUGGAAGGUGGCGCCUUGACGGACAUCGUCACCCACACCCGGAUGAGCGAGGAGCAGAUCGCCGCCGUCUGCUUGGCCGUCCUCAAGGCCCUCUCCGUCCUGCACGCCCAGGGCGUCAUCCACCGCGACAUCAAGAGCGACUCCAUCCUCCUGACCCACGACGGGCGGGUGAAGCUCUCGGACUUUGGCUUCUGCGCCCAAGUGAACAAGGAGGUCCCGCGCCGCAAGUCCCUGGUGGGGACGCCCUAUUGGAUGGCACCAGAGCUCAUCUCCCGCCUCCCCUAUGGACCAGAGGUGGACAUCUGGUCCUUGGGUGUGAUGGUCAUCGAGAUGGUCGAUGGGGAACCACCGUACUUCAAUGAGCCACCUCUCAAGGCCAUGAAGAUGAUCCGGGACAACCUGCCCCCCAAGCUGAAGAACAUCCAUAAGGUUUCUCCAUCCCUCAAAGGCUUCCUGGACCGGAUGCUGGUGCGGGACCCAAGCCACCGCGCCACGGCCACCGAGCUGCUGAAGCACCCGUUCCUGGGCAAGGCAGGGCCCCCCUCGGCCAUCGUGCCCCUCAUGCGCCAGAACCGCCUGCGGUGAGGCCGCCGCCGCCACCGUCCUCAUCCUCACCGCGCCGGGGCGCUGCUUGGUGGCCCCCGGAGCACACGUACUACUGAGGGAGGGGGCAAGCCCCCGUGAGCAGCCCCACCGCAGCCUUGGGGGGCCGGGGGGGGCCUCCUCAGCCUUGGAGAGCCAUUUGGUGGAGGCCCCAACUUCCUCCUUCUUCUCAACCACACUUUUUUAGCCCCAUCCACCCCUGCGGUGUCUCCAAAGCGGGGUGGGACACCCCCAAACUCCACCCCUAUGACCACACUACUGAUUCAGGGGGUCCCCCACCCUACAUGUGGGUUGGGGGUCUCCUCACCCCAAACAUGGAUCUUGGGGUUCCCCCACUCCAAACAUGGA